GAAUAGAAACGACUGGCCUUUGGGAUUUCUCAAAAUGAAGGCUAUUGUAGCAGCGCUGGCCAUCGGCCAGACUGGUGCAGCAGCAAAAAAGUUCUGGAGUUCAAAGCCAGCCGACCCAGGAAAUGUGCUGAUGACAGGGUAUACUAUUGGUAAUGGAAGACAAGGAGGCUUACCCCUAGGAAUACCUGGCGAUGAUUUAUUGUGUCUCAAUGAUGAUAGCGUAUGGCGCGGUGGCCCAUUUUCAAAUUCGAGCUAUACAGGAGGAAACCCUUCCUCGUCGCUGGCUCAUUUCUUGCCCGGAAUCCAGGAGUUCAUCUUUCAGAAUGGAACAGGAGAUGAAUCCGCAUUGUACGGUGGUUCGUCUGAUUACGGCUCUUACGAAGCUCUCGCCAAUCUUACAGUCUCGAUUGCCGGAGUGACCAAGUACUCCAACUACAAGCGAACGCUGGAUCUGGAGACGGCGCUGCAUUCUUCAGAAUUUACCGCAAAUGGAGCCACAUUUCAAACUGUUCAGUUCUGCACCUUUCCCGACCAAGUCUGUGUCUAUCAUGUCAACUCCAAUAGGCCACUACCCGACAUCACAUUUGGCCUAGUUGACAAUUAUCGCACAAAUCCGCCUUCAACUAUUAAAUGCUCUUCGAGCGGAAUUUGGCUGAGCGGACGAACCGAAGCUGACGACGGCGAGGGACUGAUUGGGAUGAAAAUCGAUGCCCAGGCCGCUGCGCUCUCUUCCAUUGGGCUAAAGGCAACAUGCAAUAGCAAAGGCCAGACGGUGCUUAGCACAAAGUCGGUCAAAUCUGCCACCAUUGUUGUGGCUUCAGGCACGGAAUACGACGCAAGGAAGGGCAAUGCUGCGAAUAAGUAUUCCUUCCGCGGAGCAGACCCGCAUCCCGGUGUUGUGAAGACAAUCAACGCAGUGUCUAAGAAGAGCUACAACACAAUCCUUCAGAGACAUGUCGCAGACCAUGGCGAGUGGUUCAACAAGUUUACUUUAGAUUUGCCGGAUCCCAACAACUCUGCGGAAGUCGACUCAAUGGAACUACUCACGAACUACUCAACGGAUAAAGGUGACCCUUUUGUCGAAGGUCUUCUGAUCGAUUACGGAAAGUAUAUGUUUAUUGCCUCAUCCCGACCUGGAUCACUGCCUCCGAAUUUACAGGGCUCGUGGGCUCCUGAUGGCAACCCGGCGUGGAGCUCGGACUACCAUAUCGAUGUUAAUGUGCAAAUGAACCACUGGCUUGUCGAAAAGAUGGGCCUAGGGGGUCUUACCGAUCCUUUGUGGGAUUUCAUGACCUACACCUGGGUCCCUCGUGGGACAGAGACAGCCAGGCUGUGGUAUAAUGCCAGCGGCUGGGUGGCCUUUACGAAUACCAAUAUUUUUGGCCAUACAGCGCAAGAAAACGAUGCAACCUGGUCGGAUGUUGCACACGAUAUCGCUUGGAUGAUGGCACACGUAUGGGAUCGCUAUGACUAUGGCCGCGAUAAGAGCUGGUAUGGCUCUGUUGGUUACCCUCUGAUGAAAGGCGUAGCCAGCUUCUGGAUGGAUUUGCUUGUGCAGGACGACUACUUCAAGGAUGGCACCUUGGUUGCGAAUCCUUGUAAUUCCCCAGAGCACGGCCCUACGACCUUUGGAUGUGCGCAGUUCCAACAGGUGAUCUGGGAACUGUUUGACCACAUCAUCAAAGAUUGGGAUGCGUCCGGCGACAAGGAUGAGAGCUUCUUGAAACGGCUUAAAGAGUCGUACAGCAAACUUGAUCCAGGCGUCCGAGUUGGAAACUGGGGGCAAAUUCAAGAGUGGAAACUGGACAUCGAUGUCAAGAACGACACACAUCGCCAUCUCUCUCACCUAUACGGCUUUUACCCUGGCUAUGUCAUUUCCGGCGUCCACGGUAGCAACAAGACGGUUAUGGACGCAGUCGCUACCAGCCUGUACUCUCGUGGAAACGGCACAGACGACUCCAACACCGGCUGGGAAAAGGUGUGGAGAGGCGCGUGCUGGGGCCAGCUGGGCGUCACUGACGAAGCGUACAAAGAGCUCAAGUACACCAUCGACAUGAACUUUGCGGCGAACGGCCUUUCGGUGUAUACAAGUGGCAGCUGGCCGUAUGAAGUCGCUCUGCCGUUCCAGAUUGAUGCCAACUUUGGCCUUUCGGCAAAUGCCCUGGCAAUGCUGUACACGGAUCUGCCGAAGAAAUGGGGAGACAGUAGCAUCCAGAAGGUGAUUCUAGGCCCUGCUAUUCCGGCAGCGUGGGCCGGUGGAAGCGUCAAGGGAGGAAGCCUGAGAGGAGGCGGCACGGUGGACUUUGGCUGGGACGAUGCUGGAGUGGUGAACAAAGCCGUGCUGCAUGGGAGGAGUCUGCCGAUUGUUGUGGUGAAUAAGAAUGGCAAAGUGCUGGCAAGGCAUUGAUGCGUGUAACUAAAUAGUGGAAGAAAGCUCAAAGGCAGAAGAAAAUAGGCAAUGCAUUUGGUGGAUCAAGCAGCAAUAGCAGUCUUUUCUGUUGUG